AUGCCUUCGUUUCCUAAGCCCCGCGAACAGGGUCCCAAGGCCUCGAUCGGGGACAUUCUUGAUGUACAGCACGGCAGCGCGGCAAUCCUGGCCAUUACUAAUAUUUUAUCCACGUCUCGAGCCGAAAUUACUAUGGCACAGCUCAUUGACGGACUUCCGCUUCGUCAUAUCGCCAAAGAAGGUCGUGGCCACACAAUCGGUAUAGGUCAUCCUCUCCAAGAACACCGGGAGCUGUGUGAGGGGGCCCUUGAUAGGGCCAGGGCUUGGGUAGGAGCUCUGGAUGUGCUCGAGCAAUUCCAGGCAACUGACCCCGGAAGCCACAACUUCAACCUACGUCUUGUUGAGACUACGGUAGUCGCCAUCCACGAAAUUGCAAUCGAACUAUUUGAAGACAGAAACAAGUCCCAUAACGAGGAAGAGCUACGCCGUGUGACACUCUGGCGUAUGGAUCCUAUUAUCGUUAACAGAUAUGAUGUUCCUCCAGGGGAAGCCCUGCCACCUCCUUCUCCACAGCCAACUCUAUUCUUUCAUUCUCGGUAUUUGGAUUAUGAGAACUAUCCAGCAGGACUAGGUGACAUGGCUGCUUAUUGGGCUGAGGAUAAAAUAUUUGGAGGUGUUGUCCUUUUUGACCGUGGGGAAUCCGACACGGAAUGCAAGGCCGUCUACCUUCACUCAAACUCAUGGGACGAGACGGUCCGGGUUUGGAAGUUACUUGACCACCAGAUGGAAGCGCUUCUAGGCCUUUUCAAAGCUGAAAAAGAUAGCAGCGAUGGCAGCGGCGGCGGUGGCGCACAGACUUCCUGCCCUUUACCUUUAAUAUGUGAGCGGUCAAGUAGGCUGCGGUUCGACGAUUGGGACGCUAUGGCUGUGAGGCAUAUCUAUCGUGAUCCGUGGGAACGCAAGGUACCCGAGAAGAAGGAUUUUAGUGUCAUAAGAAUUAACGAUUUUGACUACCCCUAG